UCUCGCUCCUCUUUCUCUCUCUUCCGUUUUCCUCCUUGAUUCGUUUCUGCCUCCUUCUUCUUCGUCGUACUGCCACUGACGUGAUCGUUUCUGUGAAAGACGCGAACUUGAACAACUGUUUCUUCCGUUGAGUUUCUUUGCCAAUCGACGAUGGACGACGAUGAAACUUGCCGUUUCGUAUCUCUCUUCCUCGCCUGAUUCUGUUUCUUGUCGUUUUUCCAACGUCGGUUUCGCUUCUCUCUUCUUAAAUUCCGGUCCUUUCUGUUACUCUCCCUCUCUCACUCUCUCUCUAACCGAUCACAAAACAACAAAUUUUGAAAAGAGGAGCGAGAGAGCUUCGGCGAGGUGGUGUAAUGGAGGCUUCAGGUAACGCCUCUGAUCCCUACGCGAAUCUUUCUCCAAAUACGCGUGGUGGCGGAAUUGGCGGAGUCGGCGUCGGCGAUAGUUCUCGGAGAGGUCUUGGCAUGUUGCAGAUUCCUGCCCUAAAUAUCUUGCAAUCGCCAUUGUCGUUCGUGUUGGAGUACUCUGGGAUAGUUCCAGCGAGGUCGGCGCAGCGCGAAGGUGAUGGAGUCGUCGCGGUCAACGGAGGUGCGGUUGCCGCUCCCGAUUCGCCGCGUAUUUCGGUUGAGAACUGCGCCGGCACGAGCGGCAGCGGCGGCGAUUCCGCAGAGGUUUCGAUUCGGAUUAUCGGCGGCGGAGAACAGGAGGAACGCUCCGCGCAGUCGCGAGGGAAUGACGGAGGAGGAGGAGAAGGUUGUGCAAACGGGGAUGGUGGUGGUGGAUUGCUGAGGAUGUCGGCAUCGGAUGAUCAGCCGAGUUCGGCCCGAAGCGACGUCGUGGCGGCGGCGGCGGAGGGCGAGAGAACGCCGUUGGUGCCUUCUUCGCCUUCCGCUGCUGUUCCCGGGAAUCCGCAGCAACAGAAUGAUGAUUCUUCUUACCAGAGUUACGACAUUCAUCAGAUUGCCAAAUGGAUUGAGCAGAUUCUUCCGUUUUCGAUUCUCUUGCUGGUGGUGUUCAUUCGUCAGCAUUUGCAAGGUUUCUUUGUCACGAUAUGGAUAUCUGCUGUCAUGUACAAAUCAAAUGAUAUUGUUCGGAGGCAGACUUCUCUAAAGGGAGAGAGGAAAAGUUUUAUACUUGCUGGCAUUUUCAUCGCUUUUAUGCUUCAUGUAGUUGGUAUUUACUGGUGGUUCCGGAAUGAUGAUCUUUUAUACCCACUGGCCAUGCUUCCUCCAAAAUCAGUACCACCUUUCUGGCAUGCAGUGUUCAUUGUUUUGGUUAAUGAUACAUUAAUGAGGCAGGCAGCAAUGGCAGUCAAGUGUUUGGUACUUAUAUAUUACAAGAAUGGGAGAGGCUAUAACUUCCGUAGACAGGGACAAAUGUUAACCCUGAUUGAGUACACACUGCUCUUGUACCGUGCUAUGUUACCAACACCUGUUUGGUAUCGUUUCUUUCUGAACAAAGAUAAUGGAAGCCUCUUCUCGUCACUAACUACGGGAUUGUAUUUGACUUUUAAGCUUACAUCUGUUGUUGAGAAGGUCCAAUCCUUUUUAUCUGCUGCAAAGGCAUUAUCACGGAGGGAAGUAAAUUAUGGGUCUCGUGCCACACCAGAACAGGUAAGUGUAGCCGGAGAUCUUUGUGCUAUUUGCCAGGAGAAGAUGCAUUCUCCGAUCUUAUUGCGCUGUAAACACAUCUUCUGUGAGGACUGCGUUUCAGAGUGGUUUGAGAGAGAGAGGACUUGCCCUCUAUGCAGGGCUUUGGUUAAACCUCCAGAUCUACGAACAUUUGGAGAUGGAUCAACAAAUUUGUUGUUUCAAUUGUUCUGAAAUCAAAGAUCCCUGUUUCGUAACACAAGCAGCCUUCUACAACGGAGCCAUUUCCUGGCAUCGGCAAAUCUAAUAUAUACUUGUUACAUUCUCUCAUCAUUAAGUUGCCUCCAGAAUAAUCAGAUGGAAGGUACCAUCAGAAUCUAACAUGAACUGGUCUGGGAACAUCGUGUUGUCACCGUCACGUCCGAAUGUCCGAGUGUAUCCAAGGUGUUUUCAAGCUUGGUCAAUCCUCAAUACAGAUAGAUUGUUAGCUGAAUACUGAAUUUUCAUCCACAGAGACUAAAUUUUGUUAUGCACGGAAAUACAUCUACCAUUUGUGAAUUUUUUUGUAAAUAUAUAUUUAUAGAUGCAUAUAAAAUGUCUUGCUUCCAUUACACCAAUUUUCUCACUUGCAUUUACCUUAUAUGUGUAUGGCUUCAUGCAUCUCUCCGCUGAAGUUCCUGUUUUCCAAGUCAAAGGAGUUCUUUUUGGUAAUAUAUGCAAUAGCAGGUUAUAAGUUCAGA